AUGGUGUCCAAAGGUGCGCUUUCCGGUCUCGUGCCCGGAGGCGGUGGCGAAGCAACUUCGACCCCGGCCACCAACACGCCCGCCGCCGGUUUGGGAGGGUCGACACUACCGUUCGGGGGCCUGCCGACCGGAAUUCCCGGGGCUGGGGGGCUGCCUUCGUCGUACCUGCAGGGAGGAGAAGGUGGGGGCCAGAGCCCUACGCUAAUUUUAGGUGGGUUUUCAGCCAUCGUCGUGCCCAUGCGAGGCUUCAACAUGGCGAACAUGGCGUCGAUGCUGUCCGCUGGACAGCAGCUGGGCCAGAUGGUGCCCAAACCAGGUGUCGGUUAG